AGAGAUGGUGCGGUCCGGAGCUGAUAGCUGACGUAGCUGUAGUAGGAUGAGAUGAGAGAGGAUGGAACACUCGGACAGCCCUGCCUCCCACAGCAGCGACCCCAACGGGUUCGUCAAUAAAGUCUUCAACGUGUCUCUGGAUGUGCAGAAUGAGACCGGCACCGUAUCUAUCCAGGAGACUGGGGAGGGAGAAGGACAGGGAGAGGGUCAAGGAGAAGGUCAGCGGCCAGGCCAAGCCCAGGGAAAGUGGCAGGAGGCUGGGGAUAGACAGGCAGAGACCCAGGCACCCCCUCAGACCCCUGGAAAGGAGCGCCCGGAGGUCAACCGUAGACCAAGAGCUACAGGGGCCAUCUGGAAGAUCUUGACCCGGCGUAGAGUGGCCUCAGAGCUGGAUAACAGAAGACCUCACUCUAUGAUUCUCCCUGGAGAGGCGGCCUCCAUCCCUAAACUGUCCUUCGCUGACAAGGUCCGCUCCAUCAAGAAGCUCCGCUCUCCGGCUGUCUUCAAGGGGAGGAUGGGGAAGAUGUAUGGGUCCAGCGCUAAGUUCAGAGACGGAGAGACGGAGGGUGACUCGUUCUGCCAGGACUUCCUCCCCUCGCCCGCCCUGCACCCCUGUAAGAGCACACUCCGCCACCGCGCGAAGAGGCACUCGUAUGCCGGACACACCACCGAGUUCGACUGCUCAUUUGAGGACAUAGAUCUGACAGCUACCCUGGACAGACACCAUCUUCCCUCGCUAGUGGAGCCUGUUACCCAGAACGGCUCUGAGCCCACAGAGAGAGCCUCCUACACCAAGAGAUGUCAGGUCCAGGCUCAGGCGCAGGCCAACCACUCCUCUAACUGUAACAGUACCUCAGCAGGAGUGUGUGAGGAGCAGAGUGUGAGGGGCAGCCCCAAGGCCCCGCUGGGUGGGAGGAGGUCUAAGGGAGCUGACGUGUGGAGUUACCUGAGGAGGAUCUCUGUCCUGGGGAAGGGGAACGCGGCCUACUCAGAGAGGAGUUUUGACUCAGAGCUCCACACACUGGACAAGACCAUGGACUCUGACUAUGGCUCGGUGGACUUCGAGAGCAUCAGGGACUUUCACCCAGCGGCUCCAAAACACUCUGACAGCAAAGGUGGACAUUUUGGGGGUCUGAUUAAGUUCUUCAGCAAUGUUGCGGAGACAGCUAGAAAAUGGCGGACGUCUUCACGCUCCUUCUCUCCUCCAGAGGAGGGAGGGGAGCGGUCGCCAUUGGGCCCCCCCAGAGCAGGGCAGCGUCUAGGGGACUACGUCCACAGUGUGUCCCUGACCCUCCGCAGUGAGGACCACCCAGAGUGUCCCCCAACACCCGCCUCACCCCUGACCCCUCACCCCCCUCGCUCCCCUGCCUGUGACCCUGUCUCACCCCCUCCUCUGAUAGGCAGACGGUCUCCUCAGGUGAUGUUGAAGGCCUGGAGGGUGUGUCCGGACUCACCAAGCGUUAACGGCCUGGUGUGCGUGAGCUCAUUGGAGACGACCAGACAGACGGACAGACAGACAGAGAGACAGACACAGCACACAUCUGUAGCCACAGUAGAGAAUCACGUGCCACACUCAAGGCUGGAGAGAGAGACUCAGAAAGAGAGAGAGACAGAGGUAGACAGAGAUCCCUUAGAAUGUGUGUCUACAGUGGAAAGAGAAAGAGAGGGAAGAGAGGGGGGAGAGGAAGGAGAGGGACACUCAGGAAAUUACCUGGAUUCCAAGGAUGCUCUACCUGUCUCGGAGCAGACACACCUUCCAAACGGCCAAUCAGAGUUAAGGGAAGGAGAGACCGUAGCCACUAGGGAGCCAGUAGGAAACUGCCCCCAGGAAGUAUUUAAGGCCCUGUCUCGUCCCCCGGGGGUGUCACCUUUAGAGCCCCCCCUCAGAGUGUCUCUUCAGAGGUGUCACUCCCUCCCUCUCCCCCCCAGCACCAUCACCACUCUGACCCUGUUCCCAGGACACACAGCAGACUCCCAGUCAUCCUCAGUGUGUCUUGGUGAUGGAGAGACUGGCAGCUACAGGAGGAGACUGCUCAGAACAGGAUCUGGUCCGCUGCAAGUCAACAUCUUGAUAAGCGGAGGAUCUAUCGUCAGUGCUGAGGCAGUAUGGGACCAUGUGACCAUGGCCGACCGAGAGUUGGCAUUUAAGGCCGGUGAUGUCAUCAAGGUGCUGGACGCGUCCAAUAAGGACUGGUGGUGGGGUCAGAUCGACGAGGAGGAGGGGUGGUUCCCUGCCAGCUUCGUACGGGUCGAACCCCACCCUCCUCAACCCCAAACAAAACAGGUUUUCUAUAUCAACCCCAUAGCAACUCCUCGGUUCCAAAACACUACGUCUAAGCUGUGGGUGAACCAGGAGGAUGGGGGGGUGGAGCCUGCGGAGGGGACCAGCGAAGUGGCUAACGGUCACCUGGAUCCGACCAACGACUGCCUGUGUCUGGGCUCGCCGCUUCAGAACCGUGACCAGAUGAGAGCCAAUGUCAUCAACGAGAUCAUGAGCACAGAGAGACACUACAUCAAACACCUCAAGGACAUCUGUGAGGGCUACCUGCGUCAGUGUAGGAAGAGGGUAGACAUGUUUAACGAUGACCAGCUGAGGGUGAUUUUUGGGAACAUCGAGGACAUCUAUCGUUUCCAGAUGGGCUUCGUUAGAGACCUGGAAAAACAAUACAACAAUGAGGAACCACACCUGUCUGAGAUAGGACCCUGCUUUCUAGAACAUCAAGACGGUUUCUGGAUCUACUCAGAGUACUGUAACAACCACCUGGAUGCGUGUAUGGAGCUGUCCAAGCUGAUGAGAGACGGGAGGUAUCAGCACUUCUUUGAGGCCUGUCGCCUGCUGCAGCAGAUGAUCGACAUCGCAAUCGACGGCUUCCUCCUCACACCCGUACAGAAGAUCUGCAAAUACCCCCUGCAGCUGGCCGAGCUGCUCAAAUACACCGCACAGGAACACAGUGACUAUCGCUACGUGGCGGCGGCGCUGGCGGUGAUGCGUAACGUCACUCAGCAGAUCAACGAGAGGAAGAGGAGGCUGGAGAACAUUGACAAGAUUGCCCAAUGGCAGGCCUCUGUCCUGGACUGGGAGGGUGAUGACAUCUUGGACCGGAGCUCAGAGUUGAUCUAUACAGGAGAAAUGUCUUGGAUCUACCAGCCCUAUGGACGCAGUCAGCAACGAGUCUUCUUCCUCUUUGAUCACCAGCUGGUCCUCUGUAAGAAGGACCUGAUUCGUAGGGACAUCCUGUACUAUAAGGGCCGUAUCGACAUGGACCGCUAUGAUGUGCGGGACGCCAUCGACGGUCGCGACGACGACUUCAACGUGAGCGUGAAGAACGCGUUCAAAUUGCACAACAAAGACAGCGAGGAGCUCCACAUCUUCCUGUCUAAGAAACUGGAGGAGAAGAUACGAUGGCUCCGGGCUUUCCACGAGGAGAGGAAGAUGGUGCAGGAGGAUGAGAAAAUCGGGUUUGAGAUCUCAGAGUACCAGAAGCAUCAGGCAGCCCUGACUGUGAGGAAGGUAGCUAAACAGAAAGGUGUGAACAGAUGCGUGCCUCCCUACCCCCCUCCCCAGGACCGCCUACCCCCGGGACAGUAUGACCUAACAGAUGACUUGGCACAAGCAGAGGUUUUUGAAUUCAGUCAAUUCAAACGAGGCCAGUCUCUUUUCAGGCACAGCAAUUUUACUAGAUUAACACCAUUUAAGAAAUAGAGAAACAGACUCUUUCCAAGGACCAUCUAUUUUUUCUGAGAAACACUCAAACUAAAAUGUUUGGAGGAUUACAUCGUCGUCCUGUGAAGAAGAAUUGAAGACAAAAAAAGAACCACUGAAGGAAGGACCAAUUAUGUUUAUUUGUGAGUUUCAUUGUGAGUUGUCACCCAGAAGACUGGAUAACUAUGGAUUAUAACUUCUUCACUUAAUUCUAAUUCCAGUGUUCUUAGUUCUAAGUUCCAAUGCUCCUCUUCUCCAGUAGACGCUACUGUUCCAUACUGAAGUGUACUGGAAUCUGCUUCUACACCCCUUAACCCCACCAUCGCCAUCUGAAUGUCCUGGAUUCAUGGAGAUAGCUUUUAUUUUUGUUAUUUUCAGGCUCUGCCGUUUUUCCAUAUUUGAAGUAAGCAUAUUUAAUGUUCCUUUACCAGAAGUCCACCUACCUAGUGUACAGUAUGAUUGUGUAGAUGACAGGUGUUCUGUUGUGUUGAUGUGUGUGUCUGUGAGGAUUAUGUUGUUGUGAGGAUGGCCUGAGGUGCACUGUAACAAUGAGGCUGAGGCUGAAAAGGCAUCCUAUUCCCUAUAUAGUGGGGUAGGGUGACACUUUGACUGAUAGGAGAGCCGUUGGCUGGUUCUGAUGUUUCUUAGAAGUUCUGUUGUCAGCAUCACCUGUCCCAUCAAAGACUAGUCAGACCAUCUCUCUCUCUCUCUCCCUCUCUCUCUCUCUCUCUCUCUCUCUCUCUCUCUCUCUC